AUGGUGCUCACGACCAACAACCAGGGCGUGGCCGCGCUCGCCUCCCGGAUGACCAAGCCAGCGGUCAUCGUUGCGCCUCGGUCCAACACCACCAGGCUGGAGGACUUCGAGAUCCAGCGCAAGCUCGGGAAAGGGUCCUUCGGCGUGGUCUACGCGGUGACGCGCCGGCGAGAUCCCACGGAGAGGAAGCGGACCUACGUGAUGAAGCAGAUCUCGAUGGGCCCCUCGCGCAGGGACCAGGAGGAGGCCAUCAACGAGUGCCGCGUCCUCGCCAAGCUCAACCACGCGCACGUCGUCAGGUAUCACGAAUCCUUCGUCGCGUCGGGCAACAGGCUGUGCAUCGUGAUGGAAUACGCGCCCAAGGGGACGGUGCACUCGCUGGUGCAGGGCGCCAAGCCCAAAGCGCUGUCGGAGGAUGUCGUGUGGCGACUCACGCUGCAAUCCGCGCUGGGGCUGCACCACAUACACGGCCUCAAGAUUCUGCACAGGGACAUCAAGGCUGAGAACAUAUUCCUCGACAAGGACGGCAACGCGAAGAUUGGGGACUUGGGCGUCGCGAAAGUGAUGACGCACGCGGUUGACUUUGCCAAAACUCUGGUGGGAACGCCGUACUACCUGUCCCCCGAGCUGUGCGAGAACAAGCCGUACAACCACAAGAGCGACGUGUGGUCGCUGGGGUGCGUCGUGUACGAGAUGAUGACCGGGUCGCACCCGUUCAACGCCCAGAACCAGGGCGCGCUCUUCGUCAAGAUCUUAAAGGGAAAGUAUCCGCCCGUGCGCGACGCGUCGUUCUCGGCCGACCUCAAGGAACUGAUGGACCGGUGCCUGACCGUCAACCAGACGCGCAGGCCGGACACCGCCGGCAUCCUCCGCUCGCGCGCCGCGCGCGCCAAGGCGAACGCGCUGGGGCUGCAGCUCCCGAGCGACGUGCCCCCGCCCUCGAACCCGCGGGAAGCGUUUGCGGCGGCGGCGCGACCAGUCACCGACCAGCCACCAGACAAACCCGAUCAGGCGACACAGCUGGCGGCGCGGCAGCAGAGGCGCGCCGCCACCGCCGUGGGAUCAUCGCGCGCCGACCGCGCCGCCGCACGCGGAGGUCCGAACGGAGGUCCGACGGAGACUGCGUUACAGGCGGUGGAGCGCAUCGCGUCGGCGCGCGGGGCGGAUCGCGUCGGCCGUCGAGUCGGACAUCCGGGUGACUUUGUCCGGGUACGUCUGGGUGAAAUCUCGGGGCUACCGGUUGGAUACGGCGGCGCGGGGGGACUCGCGUACGCCGCCGCUCGCAUGGCGGACGCGUCCGCCGCCGCGCGACGCCCGAGCACCGCCACGCACGACCGAACCGCCGGCCGGAGCGCGGCUGUCAUCGCGGGCAUAGCCGCGGCGGCGGCGGGGGGCGGGGUCCGGGGCGUCGCCGCGGCGGAAUCGGAGCUUCGCAGGAUCAGGGCGGAGAGCGCGAGGACGGCGGCGCGGGCCGACGACGCCGCGCGACACAGGGCCGUCGCGGUGGACGCCGCGAGGGACGCCGAGGACGAGGCGUCGCGCCGGCGGAAGGAGGCGGGGGACGCGAUGCGCGCCGCGCGCGAGCGACGACGCGAACGGGAAGAGGAGGAGCGGCAAAAAGUUUUAGCGGAGAGGCGACGCGCGAGGGUCGAAGCCGCGGCGAUCGCCGCGGAGGAAUCCCGCGCCAAGCUCGCGGCCGCCAAGGCUGAGCUCGUCAAUCAGCGAAGGCGUCGUCAAUCGGGACGCGUCAACACGGGCGGGUACGACGGAAACGGCCCGGAAACGGCUGGAAAACGGCUGGAAACGGACCGGACGCCGCCUUCGUUUCCUUUGCGAAAAACCGCGUUGCCGCCGUCGCCGCUGCAGGGCCUCGCCGCCGCGACCGGCGCCGCCCCGGCCGGCGCCGCGCCGCGCCGCGCGCCGUCGUCGCGUAAGCCCACCGCGGCUAACCCCGGGACGGUCGCGCCCGCGAGGCCCGCGUCGGCGAUGCCCGUAACGGCUCCCGUAACGGUUCUCGUCGGGUCCCGCGUCGGCGAACCUUCGACGAGUCGGCCCAAGUCGGCGGCGGAGCGAAGGGAGGCGGCUCGCGUCGCGGACGCGGACCUCGUCGCCGCGCUGCCGGAAUCGCCCGGCGCCGACGGGGUUCGAACCCGCGACGUCCCUCCCACCGCGAUCCACCCGUUCGACCGUCCGGACGACUUCGACGAGGCGCGCGCGAUGGCGGAGCUCGCGGCGAGGCACGUCCCGCCGAAGGUUAAUUUUGAAGGAAAGAACCGUUCUGAGCAACCGGAGACGCCGAAGCCGGCGCGGGACGACGGGUGGGACGAAGGCGUUUCCCCCUCUCCCGCCGCCCCGUCUCGUCGUUCGAGGCCCAGGACGGCCGGCGGGGUGGUGGACGUCGCCAAGGCUCGUCGCGACGCGGCGGAGGCGUCCCGGGCGGCGGUGAGGGCGGCGAAAUCGCCAAAGAAAUCGCCAAAGAAAUCGCCAAAGGCGUCGCAUCCGUCGUCCAGACCGGCGUCGGCGUUCAUUCGCAGGACGGGCGACAUCUUCGGAGGCGCCCGCGGGCGGGCUCGACCGGUCACCGCGCGCGACGUUUCGGAUUCCACAUCCUCCGAAUCGUCGUCCUCGAAGAUGCCACAUCCCGCGGUGUCGUCGUAUGCCGAGGCGCACGAGCGGAGAACGCGGGCGCCCCACCCGUCGCCGCCGGUGCAGGGCACGGCGGCGGCGGCGAUCGGCGUGGCGAGACUGGCGGUUUUAGCGGUCGAUCACUUCGUCGCCUCCGCCGGCGAAGGGAACGACGGGUCUUUGGGGUCUUUGGGCGCCGGUUCGGGUUCGUCGAUAUCGUCGGAGGAGAUCUCGAGGGCGGCGGCGGAGGCUGCCGCCGCCGCGAGAGCCGCGGCUUCGGUGGCGAGCGAGGGGCGGGCGGAACCGGCGUCGUCGUCGUCGGGAACGUCGUCCUCGUCGUCGCGCGACGGCGUCGAGGGUGACAAGGAGAAUCGCGACGGGGGCGUGCCGGCGUUUGUGUUUGGAGACGCGACCGGAGACGCAUCCGGCGACGACGACGACGACUAUUCGCCGUCCGCGGCUUUCGAGGACUCUGGAAACCUUCGCGCGGCGGCGGGUCCGUCGCCGGAUCCCGCGGGCGCCGUCGCGAGGGCGCUUCGAGCGACGGUCAGGGCGCUAGAAUCCGUCCUCGGUCCGUCGCAUCCGUCGAUUAAUUCCGACGCCGGCUUGAAACCCUUCUACGACGACGAGGAGGAAAGUUCCGAGUCGGGGUCGGAGCCCGGCACCAAUCCCAGCACUCCCCGAUCGGAGUACUACUCGGACGCCGCUCGACACUCGGAGUGUUCCGACUCGGAGGAACGGUUCGUGAGGGCGCACGGCGCUUCGAGAGCCGAGCGAGUCGAGGAGCUCGUGUCGGAGAUGACCGCCACGGAGGACGCCGCGGUGGCUCUCGUGGGAGCUGAGUCGUUCGGGCUCCUCUACGACUUUCUGGCCAGGCGAAGCGAGGCUGCGCAGGACGGCCGGCUGCACGAAAAGCCGGGCACGCCCGAAAAGGUGCGUCAACUGUCCGAGCGGGUAUUCGACAUCGUGCCGAGGGAAAAGGCCGAGGCGGUGGCGCUGGCGCACAGGUACGCGUACCUGGUGGAGAGGCUCGAGGCGGUUUGA